AUGCGCUCCAAGUUCAAGGACGAGCACCCAUUCGAGAAGCGCAAGGCCGAGGCCGAGCGCAUUCGCCAGAAGUACAACGACCGCAUUCCCGUCAUCUGUGAGAAGGUCGAGAAGUCAGACAUCGCAACCAUCGACAAGAAGAAGUACCUGGUUCCUGCCGACCUCACCGUCGGCCAGUUCGUCUACGUUAUCCGCAAGCGCAUUAAGCUGUCGCCCGAGAAGGCCAUCUUCAUCUUCGUCGAUGAGGUCCUACCGCCCACAGCCGCUCUCAUGAGCUCGAUAUACGAGGAGCACAAGGACGAGGACGGCUUCCUUUACAUCACCUACUCGGGCGAGAACACGUUCGGUGAGGCGAUUUAA